AUGACCAUCACUACUAUCGCCGACCCGAGCCGGGCUACUGAGGAGACAGAGGAGUCGAAGCAACAGAUAGCCUACAAUCUGUUGAUAGAACUUUUAACUUAUCAAUUUGCUUUCCCGGUACAAUGGAUAAACACUCAAGAACAGCUAUUAGCUUCCAAGAGAGAUGUUCGACGCAUUAUUGAGAUAGGGCCUGCAGGCGUCCUGGCGCCAAUGGCUAAGAAAUCGGCCCGGAAGCUCGUUGGCGAAAGAGAUGUUGCACAGGGAAUUGAACGAGAGUUCCUCAGCAUUACCAACGUUGACGACGCGCGAAAGAUAUAUUACGAUUAUGAUGAAAAUACCACCACGUCAUCUGCGGCUAAAAAUGAGCCUCCAUCCUCUCAACCCUCUCCGAAACCCUCUCCUCCGGUUGCCGACGCGGCACCGGUUCCAGUUCCGGUGGCGCCUCCUGUCGCCGCUGCGGGGAGCAUUGUCGACACACCACUCACACCUACUGAUAUAAUAUUAACACUAGUAGCACAGAAAUUGAGGAGGGCAUAUGAUGAAGUACCUCUUGGUGAAACCAUCCAGGCUUUAUCAGGUGGAAAGUCUACGCUUCAAAAUGAGCUUAUUGGUGAUCUCGGGGCAGAGUUUGGCGAUAUGCCGGACGGCAGCGAGGGUACCUCGCUGGAAAGUCUCAGCGAAAAGCUCGCAUCUGGUUUCUCCGGAAAGCUAGGCAAGUCGUCGAAGAGACUAGUCGAGCGACUCCUCUCCUCCAAAAUGCCUGGUGGCUUUGGCCAGAAGGAGGUGACAACCUACCUGGAGACACGCUGGGGUCUGGGGCCCAAUUGUCAAUUGGCGGUUCAGUGCUUCUGCGUGACCAUAGAACCACCAUCUAGGCUCUCGGAUGCAGCCCAGGUGCAUGACUUUCUCGACCAAGCUGUCACAAGAUACGCCAAGAAAUCAGGUCUCUCACUUCCUACAACGUCCUCCGGUCAGACGUCGCAAAGCGUGCAGGGCUCUACCGUAAUGGUAGACGAUGCUAGCCUUCAGAAGCUCAAGACCGAGCAGGACUCAGUUUUGCGAAAGCAACUACAAGUCCUAGCCCAGCAUCUUGGCGUUGAAAUCACGCCGAGUGCAGCCUCCGAGCUGCAGAACAGUAACGAGCUUCAACAACAUCUUGAUAAAGUCUAUGCGGAGCUCGGUGAAGAAUUCUAUACGGGAAUGGAAGGAAUAUUCGACCCCAUGAAAGAAAGGCGGUAUUCAUCGUGGUGGAACUGGGUGCGUGAGGAUGUAGUGCGACUCUUGCAGCAAGACAGCACAUCGCGCGUCACAGCAGAGCGCCUUCAAGCGCUUCAGAACAGGUGGACGUCAGAUUUGGAAAUGAUGCUGCGGCAUCGCGCAAAGAAAGGUUCUGGCAGACAGGUAGCGGAAGCCUUGCUGAAGGCAAAGCCGAGUACUGAAGAGGCGGCGUCGCCCGUUUUCCGGUUUUCGGAGCCGGCAAUGGGGCCUCAUACAUCCGUUGAUGAAGAAGGCCGGAUAAACUAUAGCGAGAAGCCCCGGUCUACAGGCUCAGCCACGACAUCCGACCCGGUCACGUAUUACGAUGUCGUGAGCUCUACACGCCGUAAUGGCCCUUGCAGUAGCUUUGUCCACUGUCUUCGAAAGACUAGAGGUACGUGGCAGUAUGACCGUCAGCUCACAAACACGUAUCUCGAUGGCAUACUUGUAGGAAAUACAUCUGGUAUUAGCUAUGCCGGCAAGACGGCCCUUGUGACUGGUGCUGGUACCGGCUCAAUUGGCAUGGAGGUGGUUCGGGGUCUGCUGGCUGGCGGCGCUAGAGUGAUUGUUACGACGAGCCGCGCCCCAGCUUCUUCCGGGCCAGCCAUGGCUCAGGCAUACAAGGAGGUUGGUGCCCGCGGCUCUGAGCUUAUCCUGCUUCCUUUCAAUGCCGCCAGCAAGAAGGAUGUUGAGGAUUUGGUUGCAUACAUUUAUGAUAGCAAUAAGGGACUGGGACUUGAUCUGGAUUUCGUGGUCCCCUUCGCCGCCAUCCCCGAGCCAGGCCGCGAGAUUGAUGAGAUCGAUGCACGUUCAGAACUGGCGCAUCGAGCUAUGUUGACCAAUGUACUGCGAUUAUUUGGGUGCAUCAAGCGGCAGAAGGAAAAGCGGAACUACACCGGACGGCCGACGACGGUGCUUCUACCACUAUCACCUAACCACGGCGAUUUUGGCGGCGAUGGCCUCUACUCUGAGUCUAAGAUCGGCCUCGAAACUCUGUUCAACCGCUACCACUCAGAGCGGUGGUCGAGCUAUCUUUCUAUUAUUGGUGCCGUUAUCGGCUGGACACGCGGAACUGGUCUGAUGAACGCAAACAAUAUCGUCGCGGAAGGUAUCGAAAAGCUAGGCGUAAUGACUUUCACAGCUGGGGAGAUGGCUUUCAAUCUGCUGGCCUUGCUUUGCCCCUCCAUGAUCGCAGAAUCAGACUUAGAACCGGUCUAUGCCGAGCUUAGCGGUGGUCUUAUGGGCUUCCAGAACCUGAAGGAGGAGGUCACGGCCAUCAGGACAGGUAUUACGAGUAAACGCCGUCAGUGGCAAGCGAUUGCCGCCGAGAGGAAAAAGCAUGACGAGGUUCUUCGGGGGUCUAAAGCCCCCGCUGCCGCAGAUACAGCUCAGCUCAGUACACAGAAGAAGCGCUCCAACAUUAAGCAAGGAUUCCCGAAGUUAUCGUCGCAUCAAGAUAUGACUUCAGAUCUACAGGGCUUGGAGGGCAUGGUGGACCUAAGUCGCACUCCUGUCAUCGUCGGGUUUUCUGAGCUCGGGCCGUUGGGCUCUUCACGUACCCGCUGGCAAAAGGAAAGUUCAGGCAAGCUCAACCUUGAUGGCUUAACGGAGAUGGCAUGGAUGAUGGGCCUGGUUAAGCAUCAUGACGGUCAAGUCAAUGGCGAGCUAUACGCCGGCUGGCUAGACGUAGAGUCCAGGAAACCGGUGCAAGAGGACGACUUUGAAACGCGCUAUGGGGAGCACAUCCUAAAACACUCGGGCAUCCGGCUCGUGGAGCCCGAAGGCUUCGAUGAAUAUGACCCGUCGAAGAAAGAAUUGCUCGAAGAAGUGGUGUUAGAUGAGGAUCUCCCAGCGUUCAGCACGUCAGAGUCGCUCGCACGUUCGUUCGAGCUUCGCCAUGGAGACAAAGUUAGCGUAUUCCCGGAAGGUGCCGAUUCUGAGAACUGGACUGUCAUACUGAAGCGCGGUGCCACGUUCCUCGUUCCUAGGUCGACAGGUGGCCACCAAUCUGUCGCUGGGCAGGUACCUAAAGGCUGGAAUGCAUCUACUUAUGGAAUCCCAGAGGACAUCAUCGCCCAAGUUGAUCCCGUGACGUUAUACGUGCUAUGCUGCGUAUGCGAAGCUAUGUUCAGUGCCGGUAUUGAAGACCCCUUCGAGUUUUACAAGCAUAUCCACGUCUCCGAGCUAGGUGUCUAUAUCGGUUCCGGCGCGGGUAGUCUCAAAUCUACGCGUGACAUGUACCGUCGACGCUACCGCGACAACCCUGUCAAAGGUGACAUCUUACAAGAAACAUUCUUGAACUCGAUGGCUGCUUGGACGAAUAUGCUUCUUUUUGGCGCGACAGGGCCGCUCAAGACCCCAACAGGCACCUGCGCGACAGCUAUAGAAUCCCUCGACGUCGCUUGUGAGAGCAUUAGAUCCCGGAGCGUCAAAGUCGCUAUAGUAGGAGGCACAGAUGACCUACAGGAAGAGCUUUCUACCGAGUUCAGUAACAUGAAAGCAACGAUGGUGGCGCAGCAAGAACUUGCUAAAGGCUACCUCCCAUCCCAAAUGUCGCGGCCAACGGCGACUUCACGCGCUGGCUUUGUGGAGUCCGCCGGUUGCGGUGUCCAGAUUGUGAUGAGUGCCGAGCUAGCUCUACAGAUGGGUCUUCCUAUCUACGGUGUCGUUGCUUACACCCAACUGGCUGGAGACGGCGUGGGCCGUUCGGUGCCAGCGCCAGGCAAGGGUGUCCUGACGGCGGCACGAGAGUCGCCUGGAGCUUUACAGUCACCUCUAUUAGACUUCCGGUAUCGCCGAUCAAAGCUCGAGGACGAGUUCGCCAUGAUCGAGGAAUGGCGGUUGUCACAGUAUGCUGGUGCUCAAAAUGCCAAGUAUGAUGAGGCAGUCGAAUCGGAAGCGGCCAGCCGCAGAUCACACGCCCAAUGGCUGUGGAAUGGAGAUAUCCGUCAACUCAACCCAUCUAUCUCACCCAUACGAGCGGCUUUGGCAGUAUGGGGGCUAACCAUUGAUGAUAUCAGUGUGGCCUCUUUCCACGGUACCUCUACCAAGGCCAACGAUAAAAACGAGAGUUCUGUCAUCAACCAACAGAUGACACACUUAGGGCGUACUGAGGGCAACCCGCUGCUCGUGGUUAGCCAGAAGUAUCUUACUGGUCAUCCAAAGGGUGCCGCUGGGGCGUGGAUGCUUAACGGAUGUCUGCAAAUACUCGAGCAUGAGGCUGUGCCAGGGAACCGUAACGCUGAUGACAUCGACGCGGCCUUAAGGUCGUUCCCACAUCUUCUUUACCCGUCAGAGACAACAGCGGUCCCUGGUAUAAAGGCAUUCAUGCUGACAUCAUUUGGAUUUGGACAGAAGGGGGCCAUUGUAAUUGGCGCGACUCCACGCGUCCUGUUUGCCGCGCUCACGCGAGCCGCCUUCGAGACCUACCGCAAACGAGUGGAAGAGAGAUCACGUCUGGCCGAUCGCGCGUUCCAGCGCGCCAUGUUGAGUAAUUCGGUCUUCAAGGCGAAGGACCUGUCGGCUUGGAAGGAGUAUGGGAAGCCACAAGAGCCUUUUCUUUUGGAUCCUCAGAUCCGGGUUUGA